UGUAAAUGCUUAUAGCAAUGUGAUAAACCAACACUCAGGUAUUUGUAGUGAAGUUUUCAGCAUACUAUCUGUAAUUGUGAACUGUCUUAUACAUAUAUAAACAAAAUGUAAUGUUGUUUUUAAUUACUGUAUAUUAUAGUCUUGGUCAGUCUCAUCUCUCUUCCUAAUCUUUCAUGCAUUAUAUUUUCAUUAGCCUCAGUGGAUUUAUUGUACUGCCAAUACUGAGUCAUGUUAGGACCACCAAUAAGCAUAAAUCAAUAUACAGUACAAUAGCUAUAAUCUCUAUAUAAACCUUCACAAGAGUCCUUGGUUUUGCAAUUCCAAGAUCAACAACUACUACAGAGAGCAAUGGAGUCUGCUAAAGAAAUGGCCCAUGGGCAGAAGCCGAAAUGGGAAGGCAAAGCCUGUGCAGAGCUAGCAGGUGCAAAGGCAGAACAAGUAUGGCCUUUCUUGGAAGACUUCUUUGGCCUAAACAAGUGGUUUCCAACUCUCCACACAUGCCUUCCUGUUGAAGGCGUCUCCGGCCAACCUGGCUGUGUGCGUUAUUGCGCUGGCUUCAAAACUCCGGUCAACAGUGGCGACGACAUCAUAAAUUGGACAAAGCAAAAACUACUGUCCAUUGAUCCAACUGAAAUGACAUUUAGUUAUUCCAUUAUAGAUGGAAAUGUGGGGUUCAACUCCUAUGUUUCCAGUGUUAGAGUGGUCCCAAGGGAAGAUGGGUGUAACAUUGAGUGGUGUUAUGAAGUUGAACCAGUGGAAGGGUGGGUAUUGGAGAAUCUGGAUACUUUUAUUGGCUCGGGGUUGCAAGUCAUGGCUAAGAGAAUGGAAGAAGCUGUUUCCGUUGGCGUCGCUACCGAUAUAUCAAAUAAUUAAUUAGUCCCUACUGAUGCUAGCUGCUUUGAUUGUUCUUGAUGUUUCCUUUGAAUUAUUAUAUUCUUGUCUAAUUAAAUAUUUGAUGUUUUAGGGUCAAACUGGCUAGCAACUUUCUGGUUUACCAGGUUGGUAGAACAUGUCACUUAAUUGGUUAAUGUUUUGAAUAAAACAGGUGCAUUUGUAUUCCUCUGUUUUUUGCUUUAUGGUGUAAUAUUUAGCAGUAUGUCACUGCAAAUAAAGCAAGUGGAGUGAAACUUAUCUGAUGUCAGACCUAUCAAUUUAUUGGCUUGUUUUCCAGA